GUGUUAACCUAAAAACUCUGUUUAUUCAACUCUUAAUAAAAAGUUAACACAACUUUCACAGACUCAAACAUUUAGGUUCAAAAACUAAAACUAACUAAAUUUAUUAGACUUAAAGAGUAGAUCGUAGACAACUAAAUGUAGGCUCAAAUGUUUUACAGUGUAAAAAUGCUGACAGUGAUUCAUCUUUCAUAUAUUUUUAUAUUUCUUUCUCUAAAAUGUGACAAUAGAUUACCUUUACAUUGCAAACAUCACUUGUCACAAUAUCUGGAGUCAGUCUGCUGUGAUCUGGGUUUUCGGUCGAUGCCAGGCGGCGAGUUUACAGCCUGACGUUCAGCGUCUCUCUGGUGUCUGCACAGCUGCGCUCCUGUAAACACUUCCCCUGCUUGGAAAUCAGUUUCAACCCACUCCUUCCUUCUCUUUCUCUCUCAAACACUCAUACAUCAAACAGAAUAAACACCAUAAAGUCCAAAACACGGCCGACGUCACUUCCUGGCAGAAUCACUGGCCACAUUCUGCUGCGGCGCGUGACGCAGGGAGACGUGUCAGCGCUGCAUCUUCCUUCUCACGUUUGGAAAUGUGUUUAUUUUCCGAGCGGAGGACUGCAGGGGAAGGCACGCGAGGUUACAGUAAAUGUUGUGAACGUGACAAAAGGAUCUUCAUCACUGGUGUGAGUUAGAGCCGCUUCAGCUGCGUUGCUGUGUGUUGAGGUAACAUGCAGAACAUCUCAUAUAAACACUGACUACUGCAUCGCUGGAAUGUGGCGAAACGUUUAAUUUCAAGACUUUUUUGAUGUUUCGUUUUUUGAUAAUCGUGUUGUGCAACAGAAUGGAUUUGUAAAAAGUGUUUAAACCUCAUUAUGGGAACACUGGUCCAGGUGUUCCCUGGAUUCCAGUUUAAGCAGUUUAAUGUCUGACUCACACACUCUUGUGAAGUUGGACCUCCUUCUCCUAACUCCUUUAUAAAAGCACCAAACUUCCUUUAAUCCAGAAACUGCUCACACAGAGUCAAGAAUUUCAUAUUUAUUAUUUAUUUUGGAUUUUUUUCCCACUAGCUAUUUAUUGUUAUUGUUUAUUUUGGAUUUAUUUUAUUUUACAUUCCCUUUUAUUCCUUCGUCAAAAUGUUUUUGUUUCCAGUUAAGCGCCCUUCCUGCCCGUUCCCUUUCCUUUUCUUAACCCUCUCUCUUCGCUUUUCGUGGUCGUUUUACAUCCCAGAAUCCAACCCAAUCCUCGCCUUCAGGAAUCAGCUCAGAGAGGUGCAUCUCUACACAGAAAAUCACAGACGGGGUUUGUAUGUGGAGAUACAUCUGGAUGGGAGAGUGACUGGAAGUGAUGCUCAGAGUCCUGAUAGUGUGUUGCAGAUAAAGUCUAUUAAACCGGGUCAUGUGGUCAUAAAGGGGCAGACAUCGUCCCUGUUUCUCUGCAUGGACGACUCCGGGAGUCUAAGAGGACAGACAGCCUAUGACGAGGCUGACUGCUCCUUCAGGGAGCUGCUGCUGGCUGAUGGCUACACCCGUUUCCUGAACUCACAACAUGGCGUUCCUUUAUCACUGGCAUCCAGAAACUCUCCAGAUCGACACUCCGUUCCUUUCACAAGAUUUUUACCUCUCAGGAAUACUUUAACGGUUUCAGAAGAAUCAACAAAAACUCAGAGGGACUUCAACCUGGACUCGGAUGACCUUCUCGGGAUGGGACAGAACGUAGUGGUUAGUCCUCAGCUGUUCGUGGACUAA